GUCCAGAUGGGUUACUCUUCGCGCCAAGCCUCGACCAUAGUGUUCCUCUUCAGUGCCUUCUUCCACGAAUAUUUGGUCUCUGUUCCACUGCAAACCUACAAGAUCUGGGCCUUUAUGGGCAUGAUGGGUCAGAUACCCCUUUCGGCGAUCUCCAAAUACAUCGAGAAGAGGUUUGGUCUCGAAUGGGCAACAUAA